ACGAAGCAGCUAGUGCUGCAAGAUCCUCCCUGCCUCACUAGUGCUGCUCAUAUCCAAGUCAACAGAGCACUGAGGCCAUCAUAAAGUUGUACUUCCUCUAGUGCUCUCUUUACACUCCAGCUUCUGCUUCACUCAGACGAAACCAUGAACAUGACCACCAUCAACUAUUCCACCUUCACAGCCUACACAGAGAACUCUUCCCUCACUGACCUCACAGCCUACACAAAGAACCCUUCCCUCGCUGACUCGCCCCACAGAAUCGCCCUUAUCAGCAUCUACACGGUGGUGCUCCUGGUGGGCAGCGUGGGCCUAAUUGUCAUGGUGAACAUGCUGAAAACCAACCUACGCUCGUGGACCACCAUCGCGUUUCUGAACUUGCUUUUGGCCCAUUUCAUAUUCAUGCUCACCAUCCCUUUCCGCAUCCACUACUCUGUGACCAACAAAUGGACAUUGUCCCAACCCUUCUGUAAAAUGGUCAGCGCCAUGAUCCACCUACACAUGUAUCUGGUCUUCGUCAUCUACACGGUCAUCCUCACCAUUCGUUUCCUGCAGUACUUCAAGAAAAUAGAUCGAACAGAGUUCUACCGGAGGCUUCAUGCCUUGGCAGCUAGCGUUGGUAUAUGGUCUAUUCUAAUCAUCAUUGGCCCGAUCAUCUUAAGUCAGUAUGGUUCCAAUGGCAAUAAAGACAAAUGUUUCAAUUUUGGAGGGGCCAUAAAAGGUGCGGCAUUGGCCUUGAACAUUGUUUUGUCGGUUCUCAUCCUCCUUGUGUCGUGCAUGCUGAGCUGUGCACUUGGAGUCAUUCUGUAUUCCAUUAUCAAGAUGCAUGGGGCAGCUUGCCGGGACCAGCAGGAGUUCUGGGCCCAGAUGAAGAGUGUCAGCCUCAUCCUCAUCAUCUUCACCUGCCUGGUGCCGUACCACCUGUUCCGGUUGUACUAUCUGCACAACCCCACAGUGAUGCAAGAAGAUAAUGAAGUGUUUCUGGCUAUCACCACUCUUACCUGCUUUGACAUGUUGCUCACUUUCGCAGGGAAGGGAAUAUGUUACAUGUGUAAAUGUUGACCUCAGGAAAUACCCUUUUGAGCUUAUUGCCCAACUACUGCAGAGAAAAGAAUGCAACAGUCAUGGCAGUCAUGGUUUACUGAGGGGAGAUGGUGAACAAACUGCUUGAACAACCAAAGCUUUAGAGAUCUGCUCUGUUCAUCGUGGUCUUCCCUUACAGAUCUUCUCCGGAGACAAGAAAAACAUUUGACGCUAAGGGACAUUUUUCUCAAACACUGUUCAGAAGGACAAGACCAAAAAGGUCACACCUAAAACUGCUGAUGUGGCCCAGUAAUGCAACAACUAUGUGGAUGAGCCGUCAGUAGACUAGUGUUCAUUUCUUGCUAGCAACGAGUGCAUAUUGUGAUUAAAUGUUCCUUUAGGUUAAAACAUGGAGGAGAUUUCAAAAGAGGCAUCAAAAAAGCUUGAUAUAAGCUUCAUGACCUUUGAUAAGGGCUCAUAUCCUUCUUUUUUUCUUGAAUUUUAUUUUUCACCCGAAGCUCCACUUAUGACAUUUGUGUGCAUUUAUGCCAAAAAACAGUCCUAGGCCAUUUUUACAUGACCACUUUUUC